AUGAACUCUUCAGCCAUUAAAGUAGUCACCUAUACUUCAUCUAUUCAGUUUGCCAGCUUAUCCGAAUCAGCCAGCCAUGCAAUGGCCCACGACGGGACGACCCGAAAUUUGAAUCUUAUCACCGAACUGACUGGUCUGCCAGUUAAGACUGUUCUGCCAGCUCACAUGUUGUCGACUGCCAUCAGGAACAUCAAAAGUGACCAACUACUAACCUUCACCGACCCUUUUCCGUUCCAAACACCAUAUGCUCUCGCCUGCUCUAUGUGUCUAAUUUCUUUCUCAUCCAAUGGAGAGCGGAAACGCAUUGAGACCGACAGAGACAUGGUAAAAAAACAGGCCGAUCAGAUGUCCAAGGAAUAUGACCGCGUUUCUGCGGAAUGCCAAGCUCUUCAGGUAGGUCUUUUUCUGCCUUUUGCGUUACUUUUUCCCGCUCUGCGCUGUGCUUUCUUACCCCGAUACCUUCUCGCUGUUCUCGGCAUUGUCUCAACUUGUGAAGAAUGGAAAUUAGGGUUUAUCCCUGCGCACAAACAUCUCGCCUUUACCUUUCUCGCCGCUUCUGUCUACGCGGACCACAACGCAAACUUUCUUGGACUCUGA